AUGGCUGAUGUUAAAGAUUCAAAAUAUGAUUUAGGUUUAGAUAUGACCAUAGAUGAUCAAAAGAAAAUUGGAAAAUUCACGAAUUUACAUUAUAAGCAGUCCCUUUAUCAACAAAAAAUAAAAUUAAUGGAAGAAAAAAUUUCAAACAUUGAUUCUGCUAUAGACGAAGUUUCGCUUGUAUUCGAUCCUAAUGAUGUUAUGCUAGGCAUAGGUGACUGCUUUUUCUGCUUUGACACAGAAUAUGUAGAAGAAAGUUUAGAAAAAUCCAAAAAUGAAGAAAAAGUAAAUUUAAAUAAAUUAGAAUGUGAAUACAAAAAUAUAAUUGAUGAAAAACAAAAACUAAAAACUGAGUUAUAUGCAAAAUUUGGAAAUAGAAUUGAUCUUAAUUAA